GUGUGCCUGUAGCAUCAAGCACACAUUUUCGUGUAUAUAUGCAGCUUAUAAGCAUAUAUUUGCAGUCCGAAGAUGGUACAAAAUAUCAUAUUUACGAUUUCUAGGGGUUCCUGACAAGAUUCACACCUUAUUUCGCUUGUUUAGCACGUGUUUGUUGAACGUAUGGCUAUCCUAUACCACAGUGGGAUGAUCGAUUGGAAAAAAGGAGUUCACUGGGUUUGUCAUCCUGUCCCUCUCCCUCUUUAGCAGCCAGUCACCCUCCCACUUACCUAUCCGGCCACUUUGGUGCUUAUUUAUUCACAGGAUCCUCCCUUAUUCCAUCGUGACAGCGUUCCUGACGAUUUUUAUCCAAUCCAUCGGGUUUUGGACAGCAUGUAUUUCGUCUUUCUCCCUCAGUGAUGAAUGAUUUGUGUGAAAACACUGCUCGCGAUCCGCCGCCGCCGCUGCUGCUGUUGCUGUGAUGAUGGAGAGGCGGUGCGUGUCAGAGCGGGGCGGCUAGAGGCCCAGCAAAGCCCCGCGCUGGAUUUACAGCCCUGAACGAGUGACUGAACACCAACAGCGGAUUACCUCACAACAACUCGUCGGAGAAACAGAGGUUGGAGAUUUUUUUUUCCUAUUGAAGAUUGUGAGGACUUUACAUCAUGCCUCCAAGACCCUCCUCGGGAGAACUAUGGGGCAUCCAUUUGAUGCCCCCCAGGAUUCUGGUGGACUGUCUACUGCCCAAUGGCAUGAUCCUGACACUAGAGUGCCUCCGGGAGGCCACUCUCAUCACAAUCAAACAUGAACUGUUUAAGGAGGCUAGGAAGUACCCCCUCCACCACCUGCUGCAGGAGGAGACCUCCUAUAUUUUCGUCAGUGUAACGCAAGAGGCAGAGCGUGAGGAGUUCUACGAUGAGACGAGAAGACUUUGCGACCUUCGGCUAUUCCAGCCCUUCCUAAAGGUCAUAGAACCUGUAGGGAACAGAGAGGAAAAAAUCCUCAACAGAGAAAUCGGUUUUGCCAUCGGCAUGCCGGUGUGCGAGUUUGAUUUAGUGAAGGAUCCUGAGGUGCAGGAUUUUAGGAGAAAUAUUCUUAAUGUCUGCAAAGACUCAGUAGAGAUGCGAGAUGCCAGUGGGCCACACAGUCGAUUUCUGAAGGAUCAUGUUUUUCUCUCUUCUCUUCUGAUGCUGUUCUAA